GGUUUCCCUGUAAGGAACAAAAUUCAAAAUGGCGGAAGAAGAGCAUGGACUUCAUGAUAAAGAAAAGGAGGCUUACAGCCCCUUUGCAAUCAUGACAAACAACAGUAUCAUUGAGUUCUGCCGGACGUCAUUAGCUGCCAUGGCUGGGAUUUCUGCUGGUAUUCUAGGACUCACCGGCCUCAAAGGAUUCAUAUUCUACUUUGGGGCAUCAAUCUUGAUGUCAGUUUUUAUCUGUUGGAAAGCUGGUACCCAGUGGUCUAAGUAUUUCAUCUCCUGGUGGGACCUCAGUACUUCUGGAAUCCUAGGAGGCAUUUUUACCUACUUACUUUUCUGGACCUUUCUUUAUGGAAUGGUUCAUGUCUACUGAAGCAAGAAAUAUUCUUUUUAAUAACCAUUAAUAUUAAGAGAAAGAAGAAAGAAAGAAAUCUAUGUCAGAUCAUCAAGGGGCAGCAGCUCAGUAACUCAAGAAGAAUUAAAAGAAACUCUUGAUCCAAUUAGAAAACACUACAGCCUCCCCCUGAGAAACAAAACAUCAUUGACUAUAUGGCAAUGAGUAGAGAGGUUUCAGGGGGGUGUAUGUGACCAUUGCGCUGCCUGUGAGCUAAUAUGAACCUGUGAAACAUGUAUAUAUGUGUAUUAUUCAGUAGCACAAAUAUAUAAGAAAUAUUGGAAGUGCAUUAACAUGAAACAGUAGUUUGUAUUUAUCUUUUUUUUCUGCAUAUAAAACUGCUGCAAAAAUCUUAGGAAUUGUUAGAAUAAAAUUUUUCCAAGUUCAA